CAUAGCUUUUUAGAGCCAUUUCUUGAGGAAUUGAGUGUGUUCUUGAUCUAAAUUAGUUUACUCAUAUUCUACUCUUUAAGAGAGUUUUUGUUCUUGAGUGGUUAAGUGUUGUGAACACUUUAAGGGAGUUGAGCCGUUGAGGGAGUCUAUAUAUACUGGAACCACCCUUUUACCAAUUCCGAUGCAUUCGAGGCAAAAAUUUCAUUGUACGCUCCCAAAUCUCACUGUAUAGUUCGAACUCAGAUCCGAUUGUUAGCUCCCAUGGCGACUGGCUUAGCCUUUUCUCCUAUUUCAGGUCCAGCUCAGGUCAAAAUUCGUGGAGCUUGGUCUGUUAAGUCCGCUUCGCUGGAGAAGACACCAUCUUUGAGAAUUCCAAGAAAAUCGAUUCAUCGGAGAACCAAUAACUUAUCUGUUCGUGGACUCUAUAAUGAAAAUAGAGGUGGUGGUGGAGGUGAAUUCAUUUCAGGGUUUCUCUUGGGAGGUGCAAUUUUUGGAGCACUUGGCUAUGUUUUCUCCCCACAGAUACGAAGAUCUUUCUUUGAUGAGCAUGAGUCUGAAUUUCCAAAGGCGACGCGACCAAUAUACUACGACGAUGGCUUAGAGAGAAACAGGGAAACUUUGGAUGAAAAGAUACGGAAACUGAAUUCUGUCAUUGAAAAUAUCUCUUCCCGGCUGAGAGGUGGCAGGAAGAUGCCACCACCCAUUCCUUCAGAGGUUGAUCCACAAGAGGCAACUGUGUAGGAGCCGUUUGUCUCUCAAAAUGUUUGAUGGAUGAUUUGAUCUUUUGUUUGUCAGUUCAUGAAUGCUGGUGCUCACAUUGCUGUUUGAUAUAUAUAUAUAUAUAUAUAUAUAUAUAUAUAUAUAUAUAGAUAUAGAUUUUGGUUCAAAUAAGAAUGCAAUCUUAUGAAAGAAAUAAGAAUUAAUCUGAUGCUUUAGAUUCUGAGAUAUAAGGGUUAGGAUUGCAUCAAAAUUAGGUGCACCAAAAUGGUCUGAAAAUGCAUCAUGUCGAAAUGCAACAAAAUCCUUUAAAAAUGCACUAUCUCAAAAUCUGAGUGUAGGAUGCAAUCUGAGCCGCACGAUGCAUCAGAUCCAAAGGCUAGAUUUUAUUCUUAUUUCUUUCACCAAGGUGCAUUCUCACUUGAACCACUCCCUAAUGAAAUCUAUAUAUAUAU